AUGGGUUCAAAUGAAGGUAUAACUAGCCUGGAGACGGCUCUUGACGUGAUACGGUCGCUGGAGUCGCGUCUGGAGGAACUCAAUGAUAUCAGUAGGAAGUACGAAAUGGAAAUGGAAUCUAUGGUCGAUAAUUUGACCCAAGAGUUACAAGAGACCAUUGCUUCUAAUAGCACUCUGUCUCAAAAAGUCGUUGAUAUGGAAAUUAGAGUAGACGAUCUCGAAAAUGACAAAAAUUUCCUGUCAAACAAGAAUGAAAUUCUAAAAUUAGAAAAUGACAAAUUAUUAGAAUCAAAUAUACUAUUGAAUCAUGAAAUUCAUGACUUGAAACAGAAAUUCGAUCAUUUGCAAUCCACAGAAAAUCAGCAUCUCAUACCUAAGAGGAAAUGCAAGCCGAUUAAAGUCUCCACUAACGCAAACACCCUUUCUCUACAGUCCAUGAGUCAAAACAGCACCGUUGCUGAUUUAAAAUUAUCUAAAUCCACUGUAAUUUCAACAACUAUGCCAAAAGGAUAG